AUGCCCAAGAGAACGGAGGCACAGCGAGGAGAUGAUGCAAAACGACAAUGCGGUAGCAAAGGCAAAGGAGAGCCACCCGCUUGGGCAGACAACCGUACCAAUCUAUGUGACUCUCUCGGCUGGUUCAGGUCUCUCCAAGGAGGUUCGUACCAGGUGAAUAAGAUGUGUCUUGGUUUUCUCCUCGACAGAGACACUGGGCCGAGGACAUAUAUCGACGAUGAGAUAGUCAUUACACGAGUGGGCGGCGGUUGCGUUUUGGACGUGAAUGGAAAUCUGACGCAGCGUAAAGACCAAGACGAGACAACCCGGUCUGUCAAUUCACUGUUAGCUAGUAAAAGAGCAGGAAUUGCUGUAGGUCUAAUCAUCGGAAACAAAAAUGAAUCUAUUCGGAGAAAACUCCCUCACAGGUAUAACGUCAUGGCCUGGUUUCGUGUCAUCGACGUUUGGUUUGAAAGUUUCAAUGGUAAGAUUGGUGCUCGCGUUUGUUUCCAGAAACUUGACUUGGAAGAACCAAGCUGGUGGGCUCUCAAAGGGACCGAGGAUCCUCUCCCUCUGAGAGAAAGGAAUUGUCCUUCUCCGCACAGCGAACCCUGUGGCACUUGCUACCUUUUUAGCAAGCAAAUAUAUGACCAAAGCUGGAUGUGCCUGCAACCAGAAUGUUCUGCAUUUUGGAAGCUAAAAAAUGGGGAAUCUCCCCAGCUACUCAGAUACGAUGCCAGUUUUCUAUCUUCCCGUGAACCGUUUGAUGAGCAAAUCCAGCCCGAAACUAGCCUGGUUCCUGAUAUUCUUUCCAGUCUAUCCCAAUGCCCGGACGCUUCAACGCAGAAGAUUGCCUGGCGAGGUGUUAUUUGUCCAGAGUGUCAUAAAUGCGUAUCCCGAGGAUACUGGAAUGGGUGGGUCUGUGCUGAUUCAUUUAGUAUUAAUCUUCAAGACCCAAACCAAUGCCAGUGGAAGUUGAUUAUGAAGAUACCUCCAAUCUCACUCCGAUGUGUUAUCUCAGAUUUCGAAAUAGGAGUAUGCAAACGAGCAAUUCGCCUCGAAGAUCAACUUAUACGGCCGAUAACUUACUUCACGCGUCCGUAUCAAAGAUUCACAUACACCAUAGGGAAGAUUGGUACCAUCGUUCAUUUCAGUGCCAACCGAGCGACGUUGGGUAGGCCAAAUGGGCCUAAUGAGCUUUAUGAAAGGCUCCAAAAGGUAGAUCUAGGCCUUCGUCGUUACCCACUGCAGAAGUGUGUGGGAACUCUGACAGCACACUUUGCUGUCAAUUUCGGUAUGCCAUAUAAAUAUGUUGUCUCCGUCGACUCGAAGAGUUUCAGCGAAGCGCCUUCCGAAAUCAUGUACGCUCUAGGACGCCUUUCCUGGGCAACCAAACAAGCCGUCGGCUCGAAGGCUCUUACUCCUAACGAGUUGUUGACCCUCGGAUAUUUUGAAAAAAUGGCAAUAGGGUUUCAUGACGAUGGCGAAUAUUCCUUGGGUCCAACUAUCGCGACGUUGUCUCUUGGUGCAAAAGCGACCAUGAAAAUCCGUCUCAAGGACGAGUAUUUUCGAGGAUGCCGCCGACGUGCCCAGAAGCCCAUCACAGACGACGUUGUUCUUCCAGGUUGUUACAAGCCCGAAGAACGUCUGAAACUCCAAGAACAACACCAACGAGGCGAGCUAACAACGGCCGAGUAUGACAAACGCCGCAUGGAGUUGGCAAGAGCGGUCACCAGGCGAGAAGGGGAAAUUUUGAUCUGCCUCGAACUGCAUCAUGGAGAUAUGGUCGUCAUGCACGGUUCCUUACUCCAGAAGUAUUACGAGCAUUCUGUUAGUUCUGAGGAUAAACUCCGCUUUGCACUAACAUCUCGCUACAUUAACCCAGACGCGGUACCCGAGACCGAACACUACAAAGGGCACUUCGUUCUGAAACCGGAUCAGAUUUAUGAUGGACAAUGA